AUGGUCGACGCAGUGGCGGCUGCCGUGCCACGUGUCGUAUCGCAAUUGAACGAUCUGGGGGCGUUCCCGAGCGCCACGUGGGUGAAAGGCGCGCUUCGACACAUAGUCGCGACAGACCCGUCGUUUAAUCUACCCGUCGAUGCAGGAGGAGUAGGAGGUUUAGCGCGCGACGGCAGGGGGCAAGGGGAGGGGGAGAGGGAGGCGUGGCGGGAAGUGGUAACCCGAUGCAUGGCGUUACUGCUACUAACGGAUCUGAGAGCCGUGUCGUCCAAUAGCGGCUGCUUGCCCGCUAACGUGCACGCCAUGCACGACCAGACGCUGCGAGGAAGCUUCCUUCUCCAGGUGGACGAGGUGGUGGACAUAUCCGUGCCCCUCAGGUUCCGCUACCCCCCUUCCCCCUCCGCCGCGCCCAGCACUGGCGCAGGGCGGGGGGGAGGCGGAAGAGGGGGCGGAAGGGGGCGGGGCCGGGGCAUGGGGGACGGCAACGCAAGUGGAACAUCAGGGAUGGGCGGGGGAACGGGGGAGGAGCAGCAAUGGGGAGGCGGAGGCGGAGGCGGGGGAGGCGGAGGCGGAGGGGGAGGGGGGGAGGGAGCGGGGCAGGGGCGGCGGAGUGUGAAGGUGCAGCUGACAGACGGCGUGCAGGCGGUGUGUGGCAUGGAGUACCGCCACGUGCCCGCACUCUCGCCCUCCAUGGCCCCCGGCUGCAAGGUGAUUCUAAGAGACGUGCUUGUAAGGAGAGGCCUGCUGCUCUUGCUGCCUGAGCUCGUGCAAGUCCUGGGAGGACACGUGGCACACUUGGAGGCUGCCAGGUGUCGCAUUGCAGACCACUUCUCUCGCCCCUCUCGCCCCCACUCACUCUCACGGGGUCGUCUCUCUUCUCGUUCCACCUUUGAAACCACCACUCUAAUGCUAGCACAAGAGGUUGCCUGGCCUCCCGACCCUGCUGCCUCUGCUGCAGCCCCUGAUGUUACUACUGAUGCUGCUGCUGCUGCUUCUGGUGGUGGUGCUGGUGGUGCUGCUGCUGGUGGUGCUGCUGCUGCUGCUGGUACAGCGUAUGCUGGUACCCCUGGUUCGAACCAAAGUCAUUUUCACAGUCGCAAUCCCACUUCAGCGGCUGCUUCUACCACUUUUGCUGCCGCCACCGCCGCUGCCGCUUCCGCUGCAGCUGUUGCGUCUGCGUCUCCUGGUGGAAUCAAUGCUUCUGCUGUUGGCUCAAACCAGCCGACCCGCGCACACUGCGUGGUGGUGGGGGUGAAGGAGUUCAGCUACCGCACUCCCGGUGUGUGCGUGGUGGUGGGGGUGAAGGAGUUCAGCUAUCGCACGCCCGGUGUGGUGCGCCUGGUGGUGUAUGCCGAUGAUGGCUGCUCGCUCAUGCCCGCUGCCGUGCACCCUGCUGAGAUAGCGCGUCUGUUGCACAUGGACGAGGCGGCUCUGCUCGCCAUCACCCACGCGCCCUCCCUGCCACCUCCCUUCCGCUCCGCUCUCAUGCGCCUGCAAGCCUUCCUUGCUUCCUUCGAG